AUGGCCCAACUGCUGCGCCACCUCGGGUCUUCAAAUCCACCAGCACCUGGAGCAGAGAAGACUCCCAGGCUGUCCACACCCACUUCCAAGCUCUCCAUCUCCUUCCUCGUCGAUGAUCCACCUGCGGACGAAGACAGUUCAAGCUCCAAGCGGAAGCGCCGCCACACCGACGCCCUCGGCGAAUCCCGCGUCAAGGUCGAGCCGGAUGUCGAGCACCCGCAGCCGCCUCGACCAGCCAAGCGAGCACGAGCCCGACCACAGAGCAACUGGUCUGGCGCAGCUGCCUCGGCUUCUUCCGCCCGCUCGAUUAUUCAUCCGCCCGUGGCCCUUCCCACUUCCCUCGCGCCUACGCCCACGCCGCUCCCCGCACCCGCAGCUCAUCAUCCGGCGACGUAUCAAGCCUCCGCCCUCUUUCCGCCGACGCCCUACUUUGUGGUGGCCAAUCCUCAGCUCCUCUCCGCGAUCCACCAACAGCUCCUCCUCGCACAAACCGCCCAGGCCUACCUUCUUCAUCAGGCCAGCCACCAGCAUCCUCAGCAACAGCAGCAGCAUCAACCGCCGCAACGACCAUCGCCGCUUUAUCCGCAGACCGCGCCAGUCUACCUGGGACCGUCGACGCCGCCGGGCCUUUCCUCCGCCUCUUCCCCGCCUUCUUCGCCUGCGCUCCUGAGCUCUUCGCCAUCGUCGCCCCUCCAUGCAGGGGCGGCAUCGACCUCUUCUCGAACUUAUUCCGGCGAGAGCCCAAGUCGUGGCUACGCCUUGGGCGACCGUAACUCCGCGCCCAACCCUCCGGUCGGCAACAACCUCCAUGGCGACAACAUCGAUGUCCAACAGCACACCCAACAGUUGCUCAAGCAAUGGCACCGCCAGCGCCAGGUGCAGAAGAUGCUCUACCUCCAGCAGAAGAAGCACAAGAAGCAACAGCAGCACCAGCGACCCCACGUCCUGGCGCCGGUGCGGGCCACGACCGCGACCACGGCGACGAUGAUCCCGCCCGUGCCCACGUUCACGUCUGCGGCGGUAGGCCAGCCGUCGUCGCUGUCCGCCGAGACCCUGAUGGCCCUCAUCGAUGAGCUCCUUCGGCGCCACGUCGGUUCAGACGCGCCGCGACCAUGCGCCGAAUCGCCUCAAGACAAGAAGGAGAAGGCACAGCCAGCUGGCGGCAAGCGACGUCAUCGCGUGCCGCCCGAGCACCUCCAGGUGUUGGAGGAGGUCUUUGCGGCCGAGCCCUUCCCGCACGCCGAGGCCAAGAACGAGCUGGCUCUUCGGCUGGGCAUGACCAAGCGCAGCAUCACGAUAUGGUUCCAGAACAAGCGGGCCAGGCUCAAGCGGAACGACGAGGAGAUGUCUCCCUCCUCCUCUUCAUCAUCGGCACGGUCCCCUGCCAAGUCGGACGCUGGCAUCGUGUUCCAUCAGCUGACCGUCGAUACCUCCGGCCAACUCGCUAUCAUUCCCGAGUUCCCGCUUCAGGUGUAA